UGUUAGUCAUAGGCACUUACCUGAUGCAAAAGAUAACUGGUCAAAUGUUUAUAAUAUGAUAAUUUGUAUUUUUCUAAAUACAUUUUUGCUCUAGAGAGAAAAAGGUGGAUUGUAAGCCAUCCUCCUGAGACAUUUCAAAGAAUAAAUGCUGACUUUAUCUGUGUGGUUACUGAUGAAUGCAGCACAAUAAAAGCAAAAUGAUUGAGAUUUGGUGUAGCUGGUCUGUGUAGAUGUUACAAACAGGUGUGUUGGAAGGUGUGGCCUGCACAGGAAGAUUUAGAGUUCAGUGGUGAAUGUAGAGCUCAUUUGGAGAAGAGUUUUGCCUGUUUGGAUUUGGCUUUAAAAUCUUUAAAAUGUGCAGGCUGAACAUGUUGCAGCUCCUGCAUGUUGCCGUGUUGUGGUUCUACCUUCUCAUCCCCUCGCUACUGUGUGACAACCUGCUUUGCUACUACAGCCCCAUCCUGGAGAGGGAGAAGAAGUUCGAGCUUAUUGUGACAGAGUGCCCACCCGAUGAGUUGUGCUUUAAGGCAGAUGGCCGCUACGGCAAUCACAGUGCCCUGUCCGCCAGGGGCUGCAUGGCCAAGAAAGACUGCAGCCAGGUACACAACAUCCGCAUCAAAGGAACUGUUUACGUCAUGAGCUAUGCCUGCUGUGACAGGCCCUACUGUAACUCCUGCCCGGUCGUCACAGCCAGACUCCUCUCCAUCACUGUAACACUUGUCACUGUAGCUGUGAUGGCCGGCAGCUUGUGACCAGAGACUGCUGAUGUGCUAUGUUAUGAACAUUUUAAUUUUAUGUCAAAGGUGACAAUGUGUUUAUAGGUCAAGACCAAGGCCUCAGCAUGGAGUAAUGAUGAAGGCCUGCGGCAGUGUGUGGUGAACACCCAGUCUGAGGACACUGAGGUGUGCACCAAAGUGAUGGAAGAGGUUUUUAAAAAUAUUUUAAUCAACCGUGUAGUAUCAAAUAUCUGUUUUUAUAAUGUCUGAAUGUGAAUAAAUACUUAUACCUAUGCUCUUUUUUGAAUUUUCAAGCACUUCUCUCUCUCUCUCAUGCACACACAACACACCAGACAAGC